CUUUCCGCUUCCGAUGCGGUGCCUGAGGGGCUGGUAUGCCGCUGUCGGCGCAGCCGCCCGGCAGCGCGGAGCCGUACCUGCUCACUGCCAGCCUGGACAAUGCCCGGCACCUCUCCAGCCUCCUCAGGGCCGUCCACUUCCAGGACCACGCCACUUGCUUCGCCACGGUCAAUGGGCUGCGGGUGACGGUGGAGGACGCCAAGUGCGUCCAGGCCAACGCCUUCAUCCAGGCAGAAAUUUUUCAGGAAUUUGCUGUCCAGGAGCAAACAGUGACGUUCCGGAUUAAUUUGUCUGUUCUUCUCGACUGCUUGACUAUUUUUGGUACCAGUUCUUUGCCAGGAACAUCAACAGCCCUUAGGAUGUGUUAUCGUGGUUAUGGUUAUCCCUUGAUGCUGUUCUUGGAAGAAGGAGGUGUAGUUACAGUGUGUAAAAUAAACACUCAAGAACCUGAGGACUUGUUAGACUUCGAUUUCUGCAGUACAAAGGUUGUUAAUAAAAUCAUCCUGCAGUCAGAGGGAUUACGAAAAGCAUUUGCUGAACUGGAUAUGACCAGUGAAGUUAUGCAGAUUACCAUGUCUCCAGAUAAACCCUACUUCAGGUUAUCUACUUUUGGAAAUGCUGGCAGUGCACAUCUGGACUACUCUAAGGACUCUGAUUUGAUAGAAGCAUUUCACUGUAACCAAACCCAGACAAACAGGUACAAGAUUUCUUUGCUUAAACCAUCUACGAAGGCAUUGGCUUUAUCUUGUAAGGUGUCCAUUAGAACAGAUGCUCAAGGAUUUCUUUCACUGCAGUAUAUGAUUAGGAAUGAAGAUGGACAGAUCUGUUUUGUAGAAUACUAUUGUUGUCCAGAUGAGAAUAUUACUGAAGAGAUGUAGGUGUGUGGUUUUGGUGUCUGUAUUAUAUUUAUGGAUAUAUAAAGUAGUAUAUUUUUCUAUAAAACUGAGUGAAAGCUGUAAAGAUUAAUAGACUUGCUAUUGUAAGUUUUUUAGCUCUUCCAUUUUACUACCUUGCAAACAUUUCUUAGCCUCGACUCAAAAAACCAAGUCUGAAAAGGCAAAAAGGAGAGCUGGUCUUCUCUAGCCACUGAUUCCAGCACAGAUGUUGAAGUGGUGUUCAUGUAAUACAUUGAUGCUUUUUACAGUAUUCUCCAAGAAUUUUUAUUUGUGUUUUGGUUUUUCUUUUUUGUCUUUGGCUUGUUGUAAGCAAUUCCACAGGGGAAAAUCUGAAUAUUUUCUCUAUGUUAGCCGGUUAACUUUCAGUGAGUUAAAAAUAAAACCAAAUUCGUCUUGAAAGAGGGUGACAUUUUCAAACUGAUUUCUUAACAGCAGCAUGUGGUUUCUUUCUGGCAAAUGCCGACAUGUUUUGCUGGUGAAGCCACUAGACUCCUCAUCUUAAUUAAUUCUUAAUUUAACUCAAUUCCGUGUAAUUUCAUCUGAUACCAAUUUACCCUUUUGCCUGCAGUACUGAUGGUGAAUUGGUAAACUAAGUUAGAAGCCAGGAUUUACUUGCUCAUAACUGUUCUGGCAGUACUGUUGUUUUGUAUCUAGUAAUUCAUUACAUGUCCACAAGAAUGCUGCUGCUGAAAUGUUUCUGUACGUACAUGUCCCAGUUCCUACCCUGCUACACUCUACUAGUGCUGCUAAGAAUCAUAAGAAGAGAGAAAAGUUUCAUAUUUGAAAUUAUUUGUAAAAUCAGUUUACCUUCUCAGUAGCCUUUUUCAGCAACAGGAGCCUUUUUCAGCAACUCGUCAACUGCAAUAAAGUAAUGUCUGCCUGUAUCCCAUGUAUCACUGCUAAAAAUGGACCCAGUCUCUUACUUACUGAAAAGGGACUGCAGUUUCUGGAGAGUUUUCUGCAGUGUCAGCUUUGCAAAGUGGUGAGGUUAAGCUGUACUGGGUCAAAACUUGCUCUUCUCCUCUCACACCUUUCUGUUGCAAACAACCUGCUUAAAGCAGGAGGUCUACUGGACCAGCUAGGUGUUGAACCAUGUGCAGAGACUGCAGAUCACACACUGCAGGAGACCAAAGUCUUCCUGCCUUGCUGCCAUGGGAUGGCAUCCAAGAGCUCAGUGAUCUGUGGGUAGUUUCUACAGCUGUAGACUGUAGUCAAGUUUUGGUUUUGUCAGAAGAUGAGAUCUUGCUUUGCACAUGUGAAAACAGUAUGUUCAUACGUUACCAAGUUGAUCGCUCCACAGUCCAAUAGAAUCCAAGUCCUUUGGGUUUAUUUAAGUUCAAAUGCUUUUGUUGACCAUUUUUCAUCUCUUGCUUAUGUCAGCAGGAGUGUACUUUGACAGUACACAGUGUCAGCAGUUCACUUUUACUGUCUUCCAUGCAGAUCAUCCAUUUAUUGCAAUAAAUUUUACAUUUGAAAAACAA